GUGUGUGAUUUCACAGUAUUCGUCCAGCUCUUUUAGAGGUUUCUAAUUAUCAGUUUUCAUUAUUUGUAUGCGUUAAUAAGAAACGGUGAUUGUUAAGUGUGAGCAGUAUGUCAGAUUUUACCUCCUUAAUUAACUAUUCCCAGCCAUUUUUCAUCACCACUGUGUGAUAGUACUUCUUUACACUAGUAUAACUCCCUGAGCCUGGCACAUGACUGUAUAUUCUGCCAAAUCAAAGCUAAUUCCAAGCGUUCCGAAACUCCAGAGCCUCUUUGCACAGCAGAUCCGUGGUGCUGAAUGGACAGCGCACUCCACCAGCUCGGACUUGCAAUGUUUCAUUAUCCCGAGUAACCAGGGAAGGAAAAGAACAGUGAUUUGGCCCCAGCGCCUGGCAGCCGGAGGAAGCACAUCACACGCUGAUGUGCAACCACAGUGCGGGGGAAGACAGGGAGAUCUCAUUACCAGCUGCCUUCGUGGUGGAAGCUCACAACUACCCGGUACAGAAGUAGUUGCGAUUUGGGUACAUGAAGACAAGGCAAUAGCUGUUCUGAAUGGAUGUUAUAUGCAAACAGGAAGAUUUGUGUUUUACUCCAAAGACUGAAGGGGGCAGCUGGAUGGGGAAUAUUCUUUCUUGUAUGUUGGAGUGUGGUUUAUUUUACUGAAGUUUCAAUUUCCUAAGGAUUGCGUUAUUUUUCCUGAGUCUGUGUAUAACGGAAUAUAAAAAAGAAUCACAAUGAAAAUACUGUGUAAUCAAGGCACAUCCAGUGGUUGAUGUACACGUUCCUUUUCAUUGUUUGGACUUGUGGGAAUGAGGAACAGCUCUUCUUUGGUUCACAAGAGAAUUCAAAGAAAAUGAAAGAUUUCAAGUUAUAAACAUGCAAGGCGCUAAGCUGCUGUUACUUUUUACCUGCUGCAUUAUCUACAAAUUUAAAGUGGAAUGUUGUCCAGAGGCCUGCUUAUGUUAUAAUGAACCGAAAAUCACCUUCAGCUGUCAGCAGCAAAGACUGACUGUAAUUCCUUCCAACAUCCCAGUACAGACUCAGCGCAUCUUUCUUCAUAAUAACAAAAUAACUUUAGUGAGGUCAACUAGCUUCACACCCUGCCAGAACCUUACCAUCCUAUGGAUACAUUCAAACAACAUAAGUCAUAUUGAGUCUGGAGCACUGCAUGGAUUAACAAAACUGGAAGAACUAGACAUGAGUGACAAUUAUAACCUAAAAACAGUUACGCCACUCACAUUUCGCGGUCUUGUUCAUCUACACACUCUACAUCUUAAUCGCUGCGGUCUGCAAGACUUGCCCCCUGGAAUCUUCCAAGGUCUCUUCUCCUUGCAGUACCUCUAUCUUCACGACAACAACUUACAUUUCCUGCAUGAUGAUACUUUUGUAGAUCUGGGGAACCUUACUUACCUGUUUUUACAUGGCAACAAGCUCAAUAGCUUAUCUGAAAAUGUAUUUAGUGGCCUAAUAAACUUAGAUAGAUUACUGGUACAUCAAAACAGAUUGGAUGUGAUCCAUCCCAGGACUUUUCAUGAGCUUAAAAAAGUGACAACUCUGUAUUUGUUUAGUAAUAAUUUGACCAUGCUUAAAGGAGAAAUAUUGUCACCUCUUGUAUCACUUCAAUACUUACGUCUAAAUGCAAACCAGUGGAUCUGCGACUGCAGGGCUAAAUCACUCUGGAGCUGGUUGAAAUCAUUUAAAGGUUCGUCAUCAGAAUUGGAGUGCUACCUUCCACCAAAUUUAGCUAGGAAAGACCUUAAAAAACUAGCUCGGAGUGAUCUUGAUGGGUGUGCCAAUAUUUCUUUCCAUCACAUUGGACCAAGUACGUUUGGUUUCAAGACAUCUCUAAAUCCUUAUGAGAUCUCCGAUAGCUGCUGUCAACCUAAAAUCGAUAAGCCAAUACUAACUGCAGUCAAUGACAAAGCUGGCCCUUCUUCUCAUACCAGUAGAAUUUUGCCAAAUAUCCCAAUCAAAGACAAAGAAAAUAUUUCAAAAACAAAAAUUAUUGGAAAUGUUGACCACAGAAAAAACAGAACAUAUAAGCCAAUAAGUUACUCCCCCGUUGGAACAUUCACAAGCAAAAUAGAUCAUUCCUUAACCAAGUUGAAUCAAAACAAUGUUUUUGAUUCUGUUGAACCUUCUACGGUCCCAAAUAAAAAAAGGAUUCCCUGCUCGAAAAAAGUGAAGUCAAAAUCCCAAUGCCGAAUGUACCAACCAGGAACAAACUCGGGGCUUCUGAAUUUCAUCACCACACAUCUUCUCUUCAUGACACUGUUCUUCAUCCUUCAAAUGCACUUUGAAAGUCUAAAUAUAUUUUUGUUUUAAAGGCAAUUUUAAAAAGAGAGACAAUGAAUGAGCUUCAGAAAUUGUAACUAUAUGGAAGAAUGUGCUUCACAAAAAGCUGCUUCUCACGAGGUGACUAAGUAUUUUUUUAAGUUUUUCUUUUUUUCUCAUAUAAGUAAGGAAAUGAUCCUUUAAAGAUUUUAAAAGAGCUGAACAUGAAUGUUUAGCCUUUGUAAUUAAAGUUGUACCUAAUAAUAAUUCAUAAUGUACAAUGUAAAAAUGCUGUUUGUCUGCUCUGUUUAUGACUAUUAUAGUUCAUUGUAAUUAUUUCUGUCAUUAUAUGUUUCUGGGUGGUAUUUGUUGAAGAAUACUAUCCAUUUACUUAAACAUUCUCCAUGUUACACAUAUAGAUAUGCCUUUUAUUUUGACUGUGUUGAA